AUGAAGUGGGAAUUGUACAGCAAGAACAUCAUCAAACCACUACUCGCCGCUCGCGCCCCCCAUCUUAACGCUCGGCAUUAUGAUGCUGCAGCUUCUGUUUUUCCGUUCAGGAAUAAUCCUUACGUUAUAAACAAGUUAAUUGACUGGUCAAAUGUCCCUGAAGACCCCAUAUUUCGCCUCACUUUCCCACAGCCAGACAUGCUAAAGCCGGAACAACUCGAAAGCAUGUUGUCAGCAAUCCUCACUACAGAGAUGUGUGACCACGUAAAAGAGAGGUGCAAGAGAAACUUUAUAGUCGAUAGAGCUAAAUUAAUCAGAAACGGCCUCAAUCCUCAUCCUGCUGGCCAAAAAGAAGAAAAUGUCCCCAAGCUUGAGGGCCGUGAUGUUCUGGGCUGUCAGCAUAAAUACCAGGAGACAGUACUAUUCUUUCCGGCAGAGGUUGGUUUGUCUCCGGUUCGUUUGUCUUUGGCUCGUCUGUCAUUUACAGAUGUCGGAUCCAAGCAACAGUUUAAAGGCAAAGUUCCGCAACUUCUGAUGGAAUACAUCGCUCAGCAUCGACAAGUCAAAGAUGUUCUGUUCACCGGCGGCGACCCCAUGGAGGCGAUGCGCCUAAUUCGAAAGACUGGUGCCAACAUCAGAACCCAGAGCCCACUGGUCCGUGGUAUCAAUGAUUCAGCCCCCGUGUGGACCGAGAUGUGGAAUCAACAGGUGAAACUAGGAGCUAUUCCAUAUUACAUGUUUAUUGAGCGAGAUACCGGCGCUCACGAUUAUUUCUCUGUGCCAUUAGCCCGCGCUUACGAGAUCUUCAACGACGCAAAAUCUGCAGCUUCCGGUUGCGGACGUACUGUAAGAGGGCCAUCGAUGUCAGCAGGACCAGGAAAAAUUGAGAUCGAGGGAAUCAGUGACAUCCCCUCCGAAGAUGGCAAGGGACUCCAAAAAGUCUUCAACCUGAAGUUCCUCCAAGCGCGCAACCCUGCGUGGACGAAAGCGCCAUUCUACGCAAAGUUCGAUCCCAAAGCUACCUGGCUUAGUGACUUGAAUCCCGCGUUCGGCGGAGAUAAAUUCUUCUUUGAGCAGGAGUACGAGGACCAAAUCAAGAGCGACUCUUCUAAAUCUUCAGGGCAAAUGGACUUCAGCGAACCACCAUCAUGUGGCAGCACUUAG